AUGAAGAUCUACAUCAAGCAGCCUGAAGGCUUUGUCCAAGUCAUCUACAACCAUCAACAAGGCACUGCUGUGUUAUGCCAGACCAGUCAUGUUGAUGCCAUUCUGUCACACUACAGCCUCAGCAACUGCAAGCCACAACACACCCCAAUGACAGCUGGUCUGUCCCUCACCAAGCUCAAGUUCACCAGCCACAAGCACACUGCCCUCCCAUACUGUCAGGUGGUGGGCUGCCUCAUGUACCUGUCACAGGCCAUGUGGCCUGACAUUGCAUUUGCUGUGGCCUACCUCAACAAGUUUGUGAACAGCUAUGAUGAGACCCAUUGGACCGCCAUCAAGCAUGUCAUUUGGUAUCUCAAGGCCACCAGUGGUCCCUUCAUGUGGUCUUCCAGAGCACAGUCAACCAUCACACUGUCAUCAUGCAAGGCUGAAUACAACACACUGUCCAAGACUCCUCAACAGCACACUACCAACAAUCAUCAAGAGCAACAAUCAGAGUGCCACCCACUCACUCAGGACAACCAACAGGCCUUCCACCCUCAGACCAAGCACAUUGACAUUAAGGUGGCCCACAUAGAAAGGCUGUCAUCAGCCAAGACAAUCAUGCUGGUCCACUGCCUGACCAGGCAGAUGAUCACAGACAUGCUGACAAAGGCUCUCCCCAGGCCCAAGCUCAAAGAGCUCAAGGGACUCACCAAUCUACAAGGUUGA